AAAGAAAAAACAAUAGAGAGAGAAAUCGGGAGGCACGAAUCUAAGUUGAAAACGCUAAUCUCCAUCGAUUUCAUUUCAUUGUUCGAGCUCUAGGCGGCCGAGCUCAAAACUCCAGAUCGUCUAGUGCCCAUUAGCAGGGAAGAAGACCGAUCAAUUAUGGGUGAAUCAUUUACAAUCCAGAUCAGUGCCAACUUAGUCAAGCAGCUAGCAGAUGAUGCUGAGAAAUCAAAGAAGAGGACAAAGAGGCCAAAGCCAAAAGUACCCGAAAAAAGCAGUAAACCAUUUCAGAAAAUCAACGAAAAGCCAAUUUUCAAAGAUCCCCCCCAUGUGGCUGCUGCUCAGGGAACAGGCCAUGCUGGAUGGCCACAACAACCUCUGUUCUUAUCGCCACCAUCUCCUUCUUUAGCAGUAAAUGCGGAGUUGGAAUCCAUUCGUUCAACUCUGGAUCAAAGUGAGAAAGUUCUCCAGAAAUUGCAGAAGCAAGAAGAAGAGAUGGUACGAGAAGUGACUGAAAGAGCCAAAGAUCUCCACGAGAAGGAGUUCAAGCUUCCGAGCCAGAAACCAGUGCCCUGUUUAUUUGAGAAAGAUGCUUGCUCUGAUUGUUACAGGGACAAUAUAAUAAACCCUCUAAAAUGUGCUGAAGCUGUCAAGAACUAUGCAGACUGCGCCCGCAGAUUCAGGCAGAUGCAAACAACUACUACCGGCAGCGGGGUAAAACAGUAAUAAUUACACAAUGUUUCCAUUGUCGAGAAGAACUGAGAGACAAGAAGAAGAAGCAAAUUGCUAUUUGAAACGAGAAUUUACUUGCAGUGUUAAUAAUUUUGAAACCUGUGUUUGAAUUGGGGUUUCUUGACUAUUACUAAUACCCUCGAUUGUAGUUGUACUAUCAUUAUGAUCAUCUUGCAAUGAAAGAAAAUAUUCCUAAUUUUU